AGAAAGAUAGUGACGUACUAAAUCGCACCACCCUGUACCAGUUUGGAGUUUGGAGUUCUGAGUUUGGAGUUUGAAGUUUGUUAAUCAACAAGAAACGAAAGAAUGGGCUGUGGUAUCAGUUGUCUUGUUUGUUGUAUUGGAUCAGCUGCCUGUAGCCUCUGCUGCUCUUGCUGUCCGUCAUGUCGAAGUUCUGUAAUGGGGCGCGCUGCGUAUGUUAUCCUCCUUCUCUUCACUUGCGUUGUAUGCGCCAUUCUGUUGGAACCAGACGUACAGGACGCUUUCUUGAAGAUUGGUUCAUUAUGCGAGGAUAUCGCCCAUUUUAUUGGACAACCAAACUGCACUAAAGCGAAAUCUGACGUUGCUGAAUUCUUUGGCUAUUUUGGAAUCUACCGAAUCUGCUUUGCAGUGGCCUGCUUCUUCUUUUCAUUUAUGAUCCUUAUGAUUAACGUCAGGUCAAGCAAAGAUUGCAGAUCGGGAGUUCAGAAUGGCUUUUGGCUAUUUAAGAUUGUUGCCAUUAUUCUCUUUCUUGUGGCUGCGUUCUUUAUCCCAGCAUCUAGUUUUGGAAUAGCAAUGACAGUGAUUGGAAUGAUAGGUGGCUUCUUGUUCAUUCUCGUUCAGCUUCUCUUGCUAGUUGACUUUGCUCAUUCAUGGAACGAGUCAUGGGUAGCAAAAGCAGAGGAUGGCAACAAGGCGUGGUAUUACUUGCUGCUGUUGUGUACUUUUGGUUUGUACCUAGUAGCAUUUAUUGCCAUGGUGUUGUUGGCUGUCUAUUUCACACAGAGUGAAGGCUGUGCUUUGAACAAAUUCUUUAUUGGAUUCAACUUCUCUCUCUGUGUUAUUGUAUCGGUUGUUGCCAUCUUACCUCGCAUACAAGACGUUAAUCAAAACUCUGGUCUCUUGCAAGCAUCUUUUGUUUCUGCAUAUGUAAUGUAUCUGACAUGGUCAGCUAUUACCAAUGAGCCAUAUGGACUAGUUGAAGACUGUCCAUUGAUCAACAACACAAACACAAACCCUUUCAAUGGCUCUCAAAUCAGUGCAACUGUAAUUGGACUUGUCAUUAUGUUUGUGAUGGUUAUAUUUGCUACAGUCCGAAUGACGACCAACUCACAGCUUGACAAGUUGAGCAUGAACCCAUCUCGAGAAGAAGUUAUGACUAACUUGUUGUCUAAUGGUGAAAAGGAUGUGUCUCCUGAUGGUGAUGAUGAUGAUGAUGAUAAGAAAGUCUGGGAUGAUGAGAAGAACAGGGUGGCUUAUAACUAUUCAUUUUUCCACUUCAUGUUCAUGCUGGCUACACUCUAUCUCAUGGUAACUCUCACCAAUUGGUACAGCCCAAGCUCUAGCAAAGACCUGACAAAGUUUGACCACAACUGGCCAUCUGUGUGGGUGAAAAUCUCUUCGUCUUGGGCCUGCUUAGGCCUAUAUGUGUGGACUCUCAUUGCUCCUCUGGUGCUACCAGACCGGGAUUUCUCCUAAAGAUCAUGAUUGCCACUUGAACAGAACAACCACAAUAGAACGUUAGACUAAAAGGCUCAUUACUUAACUAGUUGUUUUCACAAAUUUCUUGCUUAGUGUUGCUACAAUAUGUUUAGAGGUACAAAGGGUUUUUUUGGGAGCACAUGUAUCUAGUAGGGCCAUGUAGUGAUAAACAAGCUGUGUGCUUGAAACCAUGAA